CUUUGACUCUGUUCUCUCAUACACAUAUACAUACCUGGCCUGCACAUUCCGUACCACCAAUAUCCCAAGCUCCAGAGUCCUGCCCAACUUCUCUCUCUCUCUCUACUCUUCUCCGAAAACAUUGAAACCCUGGCUUGUCUCUCUCUUCCUUUCCCAAUUCCCAAAGCUCCUUUCUUGCUUGCUAGCUAGCUAGCUACCUACCUCGGGUCCUCGCUCGCUCUCUUUUAAUUAAUUUCCAUCAAGAAGAUCAUUAAUUAAAUCACACCUACUUCCAUCGUCAACCUCCCACCGUAAGUAUGGGCAAGUUCGACGCCCUCCGUCGAUUACUCCCUUCUUGCUUCUUCCCCACCUCGCAAACCAACGCCGCCACCGCCACAACCACCACCAAGAAACGCCUCAGCACCUCGCUCCGGGAAGAUCUGCCCGACUACACUGAACAAGAUAUUCACAAGAAUCAAGACCGAGACUCCCAGGCAUCUUCCACCUCCAGUGAUAGCGUUCCGGCUUCCAUCACCUCCAGUACUACCCCUCUUGCCCAGCCUCGCCCUUCCAGAUCGAUGGUGGUCGGCACCAUUUUCGGGCCCCGCCGCGGCCACGUCUGGUUUUGUGUCCAACAAGACCGCCUCUCCUCCAGACCCACCGUCCUCCUCGAGCUUUCCAUCUUGACCAACCAGCUCGUCAAAGAAAUGCGAGGCGGGCUCGUUCGUAUCGCCCUCGAGUGCGACAAGUCCGAGCUAGGGUCGUGCCCUCUCCGCUCGGUUCCCGUCUGGACCAUGCACUGCAACGGCCUCAAGCUCGGGUUCGCGGCCAAGAGAAAGGCAAGCGAGCGGGUCAGAUCGAUGCUGAAGACCAUGCAAUCCACGACGGUCGGAGCAGGAGUCAUACCGGCAGGGUUCGGGUCUUCGGCGUCGGAGGAGAUAAUUUACAUGAGGGCUAAUUAUGAGCAUGUGGUGGGGAACUCGGACUCGGAGUCGUUCCACCUCAUAAACCUGGACGAGUGCAGUACUGGUCAAGAAUUCAGCGUGUUCUUGCUUAGGUCCAGGAAUGGGAAAUUCCUUUGAAUGGAGAAAGAGGUAUUUUCAGUGCACAAAACUGGUUAUUUACGUUGUGGUAGGCAUCGUAUGUUCAUCUUGGGACUAGAAAAUUAGGGUUUUCAGUUUUGGGUAACCCUUGCAAUCAGGGUGCUUGAAAAUUUAUUGUUUUCUUGCACCUGAAUCUGACGUUUUGGAUUCAUUGUUAUUGGAUUUUCUUUUAGGAAGAGCUGGGAAUCAGGGAUCACUAGUUAUGUUAAGAAGACGAUGAGUUUUCUCGGGUUAAGUCCAAAGGAAUAUUGGUCUUUUCAGACCAUGAAAUCGCAUUCGUGUAACGUCUCAUGCUUAAUUAAACAGAUAGAUAGCUGGAAUAUUGGA